AUCAGCAGUGUGUACUACUGUAACAUCACUUUUAUUGUAAGGAUGACUCAAACCCCAGGACAGCAGCAGAAUAUGUUGGUGUGCUAAAUGGUUAAAAACGCGCGCCUGUCAGUUUGAAGAUUGACAUGCGGUUCGGUUGACUUGUGCUGUAUGAACCGGAGUUGUGGUGUAUCAACUAAAUGUAAGUAGGCCUACCACAGAAAUUGUAAAAGCAAAGCGUCAAACGCUGUCUUUGUCUUGAAAAAAUGGUACAAAGUUCAAUGUUGUGCGGUCAGCGAGAGAUAAAGGGGAAACACUAAAUUGGACAAACAAACAGGGUUUUUGACCUCAUAUCUGAGAGGAUUAAAACAGCGGGAGUGACCCAAAAUUUUUUGGUAUAAAAAUUAAAUCCCUAAAGAUGCAAUACAAAGUCUAUAUAUUGUAUAUUGUCCUCGCGAGGUAGACUAUAGUGAAGGUGGUUUACAAAGAAGGUAUUUAAAAUACAGGUUCAGUGUGAACGCAGCCAAAACCGGAUUAUAACGUAAAUUAUAGGCUAGUUUAAGGGUCAUAUUUUGUAUCAUUUUGUGUCAUUUAUGGUGGGUUAGACUGAUAAGACUGUCUGAAUGUGGGUUAAUCAGCCAUCUGCCAAAAGGGUUAUAAUUCCUAAUCUGACUAUAAUUAUCUGGGCAUAAUUGGUUGCCAGGCCAUAUUGUCUUUCUGCAGCAGUGAGUGUGCCAGGGGAGACUUCAGUGAAUCCAGGAGAUUCAAACUCAUACUGUCCUGCAGUAAGAAAACAUGAUGAUACUGCAGAGGAAUAUCAUCAGGAAAAGAGCAGAUGUAAAGGUGAUUGUCUGCUAACACCUCGAUCCUGUGGGAACUGAAUAAACAUUCCGGACAUGAGUACAAGAUGUUUGAAUGAUCACAGUAUAGAAGAUAAUCAUAUGGAUCAGACGAUGAAGAUCAUACAGCUUCACAUCUAUCUGUUGAUGUGGUCUCAAGCCGCAGAGAGUGUAACAAACACAGCAGUAACUUUAGGAGCUGAUGUGAAUAUAAGCUGUGAUCUUGAUAUAGAGGAGAUUUACUGGUACAGACACAAAUCACCAGAUCCUCCAGUGCUUAUCUUACGCACGUAUGAUAGCACGUAUGAAAAAGCUAAAUAUGAAAACAGCAUCUUUGAAGACAAAUACUCAGUGAAAACUAACAGUCGUCUGUUCAUCAGAAAUAUCAGCACUGAUGAAUUAGGAGUUUAUUAUUGUGUCAAAACUAGUGAACCACAAAAAUUCAGCAACGGCACCAAAAUAUACAUCAACGACUCGGUCCACAGGAAUCAGACAGAAUCAGAUGAGACUCAAUGGAGAAACCUGACCAUCAUCACAUCUGUUCUGCUGAAUGUGCUUCUGAUCGUCGCACUGAUAGGUUUGGUGAAGAGCUAUAUUGAUGCAACUGGAAGAUCAACAAAUUCCACUGCAGCUAAAAACUCCAUUAAUCCACAGUGUGCUGAAAUUGAUUUUUCCAUUUGUCCUGGUAAUAUGAAGCUGAUCCAGGAGCAGAGCAACACUGUCUUAUACAGGCAAUGUAUGAUGUAAAUAUAAAUUGUGCAACCAAAAUGUAUUGUUAUUAUUUUUUAAACGGCUUAUUCAGCCUAAUAGGAAGCUUGAACGUAGUGUCAGGACGGGUUUUUUCAUAAAUUAUAUUUUGCAAAAUUAUAAGUUUGCUAUAUCUAAAUAUACAAUGUGGUCGAUAUGAAUCAGCUUUUUACCAUUGCAACAACUUUCAUUAAACAUUUCUGAACAAUCAUUCCUUGCACCAUUACUUCCCACUUCAUGUAAUCUUGAAAUUUUCCGCUACUUCUGCAGUUUUGUGUUUUAUUAUUUGUCAUACAGCUGGAAA